AUGCUGAACAGCGACGAGUAUGCGAUCCCCAUCGGCUCCGAGAUUCUGGUAACCGGUGCCAAUGGCUAUAUCGCCUCCCAUGUUAUCGACAUCUUAUUGAAGAUGGGAUACAUGGUGAGAGGCACGGUGAGAGCCGAAAAGCCGUGGUUGGACCAGUACUUCAGCGAGAAGUAUGGGGACAGUGUGUACAAGUCUGUCAUCAUCCCUGCGUUCGAUGACGUCGAUGCUUUGAGAGAGGCAUUGAAGGACGUUUCGGGUGUUAUUCAUAUUGCGAUGGACGUAACUUUUACUUCCGAUGAUCCCGCUGCUGUUAUUCCGUGGGUCAAACGAGCCAUUGGAUCUUUACUCGAAUUAUCCGCAGAAGCAAAGACCGUAAAGCGGUUCGUUCUGACAUCCUCCAACUCUGCUGCUCAUAUGCCCACCCCCGAUGUCUAUGUUAGAAUUGAUGAAAAUACCUGGAACGAAACGUCUGCCAAGGCAAUGUUGGAUGAAUCGACGCCCCCGGAAAAGAAAGGAUACCAUGUAUACGCCACCGCCAAAACGGAGGCAGAGAGGAGUGCCUGGGAGUGGGUAAAGAACAACCGCCCGGAGUUCGAAUUCAACAGUGUUCUGCCAGAUGGAAAUUAUGGACGUAUCCUGCACCCCGAGAUAUUCGGAUCCACGAUGGGCUGGUUGCGAAACGUCCUCAAAGGUGAUGAUGGGAUCAUGCGUAGAUUUCCACCUCAGUGGUAUAUCAACGUUGAAGAUACUGCACGGCUGCACGUCGCAGCUCUGCUCAGCCCAGAGUUCAAAAAUGAACGAAUCUUUGCAUUCGCGGCUCCGUUUACUUGGACAGAGAUAAUCGGCAUUCUGAGAAAAUUGCGACCGGAUAAUACGCUCAUACCCGAUGCUCCUGAAAACGAAGGCCGGGACAUCAGUGAGGUUGUGUUGGCCCCGAGAGCAGAGCAGUUGCUGAAGGACUUCUUUGGCCGACCUGGCUGGGUUAGUCUGGAGCAGAGUAUUUUGGAGGGGCUUGAGGGUAUGGAAUAGUAGUUUUGAUUAU